AUGUCGAACCCGAAUUACAACGCCAUGCAGAACUCCAGCUCCAACGUACCUCCACCUAAGCGCUAUGAUGGGCGCGACGGUGGUCCGGUCUAUGAUCCUAGCCAUGGUGGUCACUACGGUGCUAGCUCCUAUAUCGCAUCGCAGGGCAGCGCCCCUCCACCAGAGACAUUUACUGGACAAUGGUCAAACGUCACGAAGCUCGAGACGGACGAACAUGACUACAAAAUCCACCAGCUGCCGCUAGCUCGCAUCAAGAAGGUCAUGAAGGCAGACCCCGAAGUCAAGAUGAUCUCAGCCGAAGCACCCAUCCUGUUCGCAAAGGGCUGCGACAUCUUCAUUACCGAGUUGACCAUGCGCGCAUGGAUCCACGCAGAGGAGAACAAGAGACGUACCUUGCAACGAAGUGACAUUGCUAGUGCUCUUGCGAAGAGCGACAUGUUCGACUUCCUCAUCGACAUUGUGCCUCGUGAGGACGCCACUCCUCAACACAAACGCAGACAAGACUUCCCACCAGGCAGCUUCCCACCAGAUGCACAGAUUGCUACCGCUGGACCCUCGAUGCAGGCUCCGCCCGCGGCAGCACAGCUUCAAGGUCAAGAACAGGGACAACAGCACAUGCAGCCGACAGACUACGGUGCUAUGGGCCAGCACGUGGCACAAGAGGCGUAUCAGGCACAGCAGGGCAUGUACCCGCCUCCUGCACCCUCGGCCACCUACACACAGCCACAUAGCUUCGACCCCAACAUGUAUGCUGGUGGCUACAACAUGUUGCAACAACCCCAAAUGUACCCGCCGCAGGGACCGAGAAUGACGGAUCCAUCAUUGGGUGGUAACGACGGACAACAUCAUUACCGUGCACCUGAAGAUGACGCCGAGGGCGAGAGGGACCAGUACGAAGUAUGA